CCUGAUGGAAUUGCAGAGGUGAACGAUAAGCAGCUGGAAGAAAGCGGUGAGUCUCUUAAUUUGGACAUGUCCAAGGCGAAUAAUCAGGUCUGGCUUGUCAAGCUUCCCCCAGCUCUAUCUGAGGUGUGGAAAAAUGAGAGAAUGCUGGAUGGGCGGCAGUUGGGCAAUAUAAAGAUUCAGCAGGGAGUAUCCCCAGCCAAAAUCAUGCUUGAGCUAAAUGAGAAACUUCAAGAACACAAAAAUAUCGAUAAAGAAUAUGAACUAAAGAUGAUCAAGCAUGUGGUGGAGAAUGAGUACGUGUUUAGCGAGGCUGAGCUAAGUCAGUUCAAGAGCCAAGCGGAGACUAGAACUGAAAUGGUCCAGAUGCCAGAUCAGCCCACAUUAAAUCCCCUAGACGGUGAGGAGCCGGAGGAAUCGAAUCCAUGGUCCACUGCUAAAGUUCCGCAACGUGCUUCAUAUAUUCCCGAGGCACGUGGACGUGCUUACGAAGAAGAAACCUUCGAAGAGCCAAAAAAGGUGGUUCCAUUUGCCAAAACAAUUCCCAAGAAGACUGCCCUGGUUGGAAAAAUCGUUCACGAGUGUCAGGUCAUUCCUACAAAAUUAUCCACAAACAACAAGCUAAAGCUACUGGAGCAGAAACGGAGACUUGCACAGAUGACAAAGAGAAAGACCAUUACGUACAUGAAGGAUGCCAACGCCGGUGUUUUGCAAGGAAGAACAGGACCAAAUCUGCAAACAGGCUCGACCAUUCAGCUAUCAAGGGAGCUUGCUGCCAGGAAAGAGCAGCAGCGGUUGGAAGGCCGUGCUUCUCGUAUGGACAGAGAGCACUUGAUGAAGGUGCUGUUCAAUCUCUUCAACGAGUACGAUUACUGGACGUUGAAAGGUAUCCGAGAAAAAACAAAUCAGCCAGAAGCUUACUUGAAGGACUGCUUGGAAAACAUUGCCGUGAUGGAGCGCAAAGGAACCUAUGCUUUGAAAUACAGAUUAAAAGACGAGUACAGAAAGAGCAGAGAGGUGGAAAGAAAGGAGAAGCAAGGAUUCGGUGAUUUAGAAGCAGAUAAUAAAAACGAUGACGAAGACGAUGGUGACGAAGACGAUGAUAUUGAAAUGGAGGACGUUGCUUGAAUUAUAAAAAAGGAUGUCAAAUGUACAUUAACAUAUGAUAUUAUUAUAUCACGAAAUUCAUUUUAGUAU